UUUCUGCUCCUGUGAGUCUGUUAUCUUUGUGAGUUAUUGCUUCUGUGAGUUGUGUUGAUUGUGAAAUAUGAUGAGGCACACACACAGCUGCUGUGAGACCCCUCCCUCUGUCACAGUCCACAUGAAGCCGGGAGCCUCCAGGUCCCUCCGGCACAAGAGGGGGAUGAGGCUAAAGAGACCGAUCUUACAGGACAACCUGGGGUUCCUUGGCAAGAACCAGAGCGACAACAAGAACAGGCACAACGCCAAGGGGCCCUCUUUAGUAAUUCAGCGCCAGGAGAUGGCAGCUUUCUUCAAGCUGUUUGAUGAUGAUCUAAUACAGGAUUUCCUUUGGAUGGACUGCUGCUGUAAAAUUACAGACAAGUACCUGCUGGCGAUGGUGUUUGUAUAUUUCAAAAGGGCCCGAUUCAGCAUCAGCGAGCACACCAGGAUGAAUUUCUUCAUCGCCCUGUACUUGGCUAACACAAUGGAAGAGGAUGAGGAGGAGAGUAAAUACGAGAUCUUCCCUUGGGCUCUGGGCAAGACCUGGAGGAAACAGUUCCCAAACUUUCUAAAGCAGCGGGAUAAGCUGUGGGCUCGCAUCAGCUACCGGGCUGCAGUGAGCCGCCGCUGCUGUGAGGAGGUGAUGGCUAUUGCUACCUGGCACUCUAUCUGGCAGCGGGAGCGUGCAGAGCACCACAGCGGGGCGGUGAGGCACUACCGGGGCCAGGAGGAGGUGCAGCUUCCUCGGGGUCCGACUGCCUCACCAGCACAUUGCACUCUGUGUGGAAAGGGAGGGCGUUACCUGGAUCUGGGGCUCUCCUCCUCCUCAUCUCCCUCUCCCUCCUGCUCAAACUUCUCCUUAUUCUCCUCUGCCCCAAACACAAUGGAGAAGACCUCUGAGGGAACCCUGACCCAAAAUAUGCAGCUGAGUACCCAGCCCUGCAGCUGUAUGCAAAUCGACCAACCCGCAUGCCAACACACCUGCUCUGGUAAAAAAACAAGCAAUUGUUUUGGGUCAAAGGACAGAUCCAUGGACUGGUUUAAUGAAGAGUAAACAAUUACUUAUCUAACUCAAC